UGUGAGCUUCUUCCGCUCUCUUUUCGUCGAGGCUCAGCUAGUAGCCGCAGCCUGCCAACAUGCAGAUCUUCGUGAAGACACUGACCGGCAAGACCAUCACCCUUGAGGUCGAGCCCAGUGACACAAUCGAAAAUGUCAAGGCAAAGAUCCAGGACAAGGAAGGAAUCCCCCCAGAUCAGCAGCGUCUGAUCUUCGCUGGCAAACAGUUGGAGGAUGGACGCACUCUGUCAGACUACAACAUCCAGAAAGAAUCCACUCUUCAUCUGGUGCUCCGUCUGCGUGGAGGCAUCAUUGAGCCUUCCCUCAGACAGCUGGCUCAGAAAUACAACUGCGAUAAGAUGAUCUGCCGCAAGUGCUAUGCCCGUCUGCACCCACGUGCCGUCAACUGCCGCAAGAAGAAGUGUGGGCACACCAACAACCUUCGCCCCAAGAAGAAGCUGAAGUAGACGUGUCAGCUUUUCAUGCUAAAUUGUUAAAUAAAUUUCAGAAAAGUUAA